UAAGGGUUUUACGGAUCAAAAAAGUCGUUUGACCACGCAAUACGAAUCACCCAAUAGUUUUCUUUCGCACAAACCCUUGCAGAUUCUCUCACCACCACCACCACCACCAACACUGUUUGCAGAUCCGACUGCCACUUUCACCACCCGAAUCACGCUUUAUUCCUCCACAAUCUCAUUCUUCAUUCAAAUUCUGCUAUCCACCAUCAACUCUAUCAACCAAUUCUUUGUCUUUAUAGGGUUUAUCAGUCAUGAGUUUAUCAAUUGUUCAAGGGUUUAGUAAGUCUCUUGCGAUGACUGUGCUCUCUGAAAUUGGGGAUAAAACGUUUUUCGCAGCUGCGAUUUUGGCUAUGCGUCACCCCAGAAGAUAUGUUUUGGCAGGCUGUCUUUCAGCUUUGAUAGUUAUGACCAUUUUAUCUGCUGCUGUUGGGUGGGCUGCUCCGAACCUGAUAUCGCGAACAUUGACUAAGCAUAUAGCCACUGUAUUGUUUUUGGGGUUUGGGUUAUGGUCUUUAUGGGAUGCGUUUCAUGAAGGGGAGUCGGAAGAAUUAGCUGAAGUUGAAGCCGAAUUGGAUGCUGAUUUAAAAGCCAGCAGUGAAACAACAAGAGCAAAUGGCAAGGGUGAUGAUGAUGCUAAAAAGAAGAACAGACCGUUAUUAUCUCAAUUUUUGUCUCCCAUCUUUUUGAAGGCAUUCUCCAUAACUUUCUUUGGAGAAUGGGGUGACAAAAGCCAGAUAGCUACGAUCGGUUUGGCUGCAGCUGAGAACCCACUUGGCGUCGUUCUUGGGGGAAUUUUAGGGCAAGCGUUGUGUCAGACUGCUGCGGUUUUUGGAGGGAAGAGUUUGGCCACACAAAUAUCCGAAAAAUUUAUUGCACUAUCGGGUGGAGUGCUGUUCAUUAUCUUUGGAAUCCAGUCCUUCUUUGCAACCGUUGAAUCGUAAUUUGCGGUAUGCCGACAAUUAUAAUAGGAACUGGGUGUCGGUGUCAAAGAGACGCAUUGUUAUGACAUUCCAGUAAGUUUUAUAAUGUGUAAGUCUUAAAGAACCAAUUAACAUGAAAAUUCAAAACCAGAUUAUGCAAUAUCAGUGACAUCAUUAUGGUGGUUGAUGACUUUAUCCCUUCUUUGCCACCACAA